AGUGUCCUGCACUUUGCACUUUGUUGCAAAGAAAGAUGGAGGUUUUGAGUGAGUAGCUGGGUCAGCAGCCUCAGGUCUGCUGUGGUUUAAGGACCGUGCUGUGCUCAGUGUGGCCCAUUCCCAGUGCUCCAGUCAAGGUGCCAUGAGCGCUGUGUCACAAAGCUCAUUGAUCCAGGAAGAAUUUCCCAUCUUAAGUUCUGCACUAGCUGAUCCAUCAUCUAUCCCACCUGAAGAGCUGCUUCCAUCUUUGGGGACUCCAGCACAAGAAAGACAUGGACCUGUUGGAGUGAGACCAGAAAGCCUGAAGAAAAGCAGCUUCCUUCCCACCUUCUAAUGGCUCUGAAUCAGCACUGCCCCAGGCACUGCUUGAGUAUCCUGGGAGGUGCAGACUAUAUAUUGUAAAAUGUCCAAUGGUUAUGAAGAUCACAUGGCUGAAGAUUGCAGGGAUGAUAUUGGUAGGACAAAUUUAAUUGUGAACUACCUUCCUCAGAACAUGACGCAGGAUGAAUUACGGAGUCUGUUCAGCAGCAUUGGUGAAGUGGAAUCUGCAAAACUUAUUCGGGACAAAGUUGCAGGACACAGCUUAGGCUAUGGCUUCGUGAACUACGUAACUGCAAAAGAUGCUGAAAGAGCAAUAAACACACUGAAUGGCCUCAGACUUCAGUCAAAAACUAUCAAGGUUUCCUAUGCCCGCCCAAGUUCUGAAGUUAUCAAGGAUGCUAAUUUAUAUAUCAGUGGCUUGCCCCGGUCAAUGACACAGAAGGAUGUAGAAGAUAUGUUUUCCCGUUUUGGGCGCAUCAUCAACUCACGUGUGCUUGUGGAUCAAACCACAGGUUUGUCCAGAGGGGUCGCAUUUAUCCGGUUUGACAAAAGGUCAGAAGCAGAAGAGGCAAUUACAAAUUUCAAUGGUCACAAACCCCCAGGUUCAUCCGAGCCCAUUACAGUGAAGUUUGCAGCCAACCCUAACCAGAACAAAAAUGUGGCACUGUUGUCGCAGCUGUGUCAUUCACCAGCUAGACGGUUUGGAGGGCCAGUGCAUCACCAGGCACAGAGAUUCAGGUCAGCAGAGAAUCAGGAUCUGCCACCGCCCUGCUCUUGGCAGAGAGCAGCUCGUGUACCGCUUUUAAGGGGUUUGCAAAUCACCAGUGGUACACCUCAAUUUGGGAACCCCUGGUUCUCUCCUAUGGGUGUAGAUCACAUGAGUGGGCUUUCUGGUGUAAAUGUUCCAGGAAACGCAUCUUCUGGCUGGUGUAUCUUCAUCUACAACCUUGGUCAAGAUGCUGAUGAGGGAAUCCUCUGGCAGAUGUUUGGCCCCUUUGGUGCGGUUACCAAUGUGAAAGUUAUUCGAGAUUUCAACACCAACAAGUGCAAAGGUUUUGGUUUUGUGACCAUGACAAACUAUGAAGAAGCUGCAAUGGCCAUAGCAAGUCUUAAUGGCUACCGCCUGGGGGACAAAAUCUUACAGGUUUCCUUCAAAACCAACAAGUCCCACAAAUAACUUGCUCGUGCUUUUUGUAUGGAAUAGAUAAUGGAGUGACAGAAGUUGAAACAUUUUUGUUAGUGUAAAACUCAUUUUGCGCCAAUUUUCACAAGUGUUUGUCUUAGUCUAAAUGAGAAGUGAAAAGGUUUUAUAUUCUGGGAUGCAACUGACAUGUUCAAAUGUUUGAAAUCCCACAAUGUUAGACCAAUUUUAAGUUCCUUUAAGUUAUUUCAUUUAAAACAUGUUAAAAAUCCCCUGAAAUCUUAAGUAGGUUGCAUUAACUAGACCCUCUGGAUGGUGGUAAAAUUGAAGCAUGCUUUCACUUAUGAGACUAACAUUUGUUUCAUUGAAUGUUGUCUGCAAAAACUGGAAUUUUCUGAAAAAUAUCAGGCUGAAUUAAUUGAUUUUCUUUGGUUUUAUGUUGUUCUUCCUACCCAUCCCCCUCUCCUUUUGUUCCCCCUCAGUUUCAGUAGUAUGGAAGAAAAGUUGAGAAAUACUAAUGUUUUAGUUGACAGAAAAUUGUUUGAUAAAUUAAUAUUCAUUACUCUGUGUCUAGUUGAGGAUCAGGCUUUUAAAAGUCAAGGUCUUGUAAGUAGUAGCAUGCCAGCCUAACUUUUAACACCAUUGAGGAGGUAAGUUGCACACUGAGCAGUGGCCAAGCUGUCCAAUUCACAGGUUUUAGAAAUGUGACUUUUAAAGCCCACUUUGAGAGGAAUGGACCAAAGAGUUUCAAAGAAACUCCAGGAAGAUUUCAGAGUCAGAAUGAAACUCCAAAAAAGCGAGUGUGAAUAUAUGUUGCUACUUUAUCAGACUGAAUCUCUUCUGUCCAAAUAUUUAAUGCAUGGUGCACUACUUACUGGUACAUUAUAAUGCAGCAAGAUACUUACUCAUUUUCCAAGAUCAUUGUAGUUGGAAUUCCUUUGGCAGUUCUAUUUUGUAAAGAAAAACCAGUUAUAAACAUUUGAGCAUUGUAUUUCUCGCAUCCCUUCUAAUGAGUGCUAGUUUUUCUAUUUUAAUAGGAUUUUGUUUUGACAACUAGCUUUACUUACUGAACACUCAGCAGAAAAGUACUUACAACUUGCAAGUUAGAUAUUAACCAAAAAACCCCUUUGAUUUGUAGAUUUAAAGAUUAAUCCCCCAGGUUUUCUGCAGACUGCCUUGAAACUUUGAGUUGUUCUGUUUCUGUUAAUUUUCUUUUGCUUUUUUGUGUUUUUUGUUUGUUUUUACUUUUGCAUUUAAGAACAUUAAAUUUGAUUUUGUUUUGCUCAAA